GGCAGCCAAACUGCGCACACCCUACUAGGCUUGGGAGAAAGGCGCGAAGGUAAGGAAGAACAAGGCUGGGCGAGUGUUACCUUGUCCGUAGGGUGCUGUACGUAUGCCGCGUCUGCAGGGACGGCCCGAGCGAGCUGCCUGAGGUCAUCUGACGAUCGCUCGACGCCCGAACGGGCGAGCAAUUGGGGCGCUCUGCAUUCUUGCACGAUCGCGAGCACCCGCGGAGCGUAUCAAGCCAAACACACACCGAAUAGAACGCCCGCAUUUGUAGACAACACGAAGGCCAAAGCGGCCGCAUGCGCGCGCGAGCUCCAGGUGGCGUCGACGAGCCGCCGGCUAUUGUACCGCAUUUGGGCGGCGUCCACAAACAAGCGUCGCACCGACGCGAAGCACGAACUCUUUGAUCGACGCUUUUCGAGCUGCGACUGAUCGUCCCACGCAGGCACAGUUGUUCGGGGCACUGCAAGCCUGAGAUGCCGAUCCGAAUAGUGCGACGACGUCGCGUCAGACUCGAAGGGGGACGCUCUAUAGCCAGCUAGUUCGAAUGCAGCAGACACUGUAACAUGCAGCUGGUGCGGUGCCACCGUCACUGUCCCUCAGCUCGCUGCCAACGCCGCAUCACACUGCAGAGACACGCAGGCUGUGCGUCGCAGCGGGCGGUGGGAGCGCCUGGACAGAACUGGCCGUCGGUCGCAUGGCCC